AUGACACGGAAUCAUCAUACUGACUUGUAUAAAUCUCAUAAAUCAUUAUUAUUAUUAUUAAUAUUAUUAUAUAUUACAAUCUGUACACUUGGGAAUAUUGUAAGCACUAGUGCUAGUCCAACUGAAGAUGCAUCUUUCGCUAUCGAUUUCCCGUGUGGUCCACAUCCAAUUGACAUGUUUUUAUCAAAGUUAUUUGAUUAUUUAGAAAAACAAGAAACAAAUUUUGAAAGUUCUAAUGAUUUGGAGGAAAAAUUACGCAUUAAAAUGAUCUACGCUAAAUUGUUGUAUGCAUUCACUCCAAUGCCAAACAGUAGUUAUUUUGUAUACAAUGAGAUCAUGCUAUCAAUCAAUGAAUGGAAUGAAUGUAUGAGUAAGCAAAUGAGACAUAAAAAAUGGUUGAAACGUGCAAGACACCUGCAAAAUGUCAAUACAAUCAUUCCAUAUAAAGAGAAAAUGUCACAAUCAAAAUUCAACUUAUAG